UUAUUUGUUAGUUGUAUCUAUAUAGGUCGAAUUUAGCUUGCGUCAGUUAUUCAAAGCACAAAAGUAUGAUCAAUUUGUCGAACAAGUGUAUUUGCUGUAUCGCAAUACUUGUAGUUUGUUAUUUCGGUAUCAGAUCAGCGGAAGUUAUUAGAGUUUUGGAUAACACACAUACCUAUCAGAAUCACUUUGAAGGUUUGCCGGACGACGGAGGAGGAAAAAAACUGAAGGUUCUUUCAAGGAAAAGACGCUUCAUAACAUUUCCCGAAGGAAGCUCAUUUCAAGUUGUAUACGAUCAAACAAUUCCAAUAGUCGGCAGCACGCUACUGUUCACGGUGGGCGUGACGGUUGCAGCGGCCUGGCAGCUUCCCAGUAUAACGUACUUCGAAAUACUCCACUUGCUACAGGAUAAAAUAUCCGAUGGAUCACUUCUACGCCGUACGGAUGAAAACACUAAUGGAACCACGCUAGUUGAUACAAAUUCGAGUAGCUACGGCACGAACAGUUCUUACUAUUCCAGCUACAGGCCAAAUCAGAGCUCCUACCUUAAUACGAGUAAGAAACCGAAUAUUCUCAGCUAUUAUUAUGACAGCCCAUCGCCGGCAUCAGGCGUCUCAAACCGAAUAAAUUAUUAUACUAGUGGGGAAGAAAACAUUGGCACAACAAAAGACAAGUACCAAAACAAGUGGCAGCCACUGGGCAGUAGUAGUAGUAAUAGCUACAAUAAUUUCCCUCCCAACUUUGUGACGCCGUAUAAUGGGACUGGGAACAACUGGAGCAAUUUGGCCAACAGGUAUCUACAAGAGUGGGUCCGCCGGCACCCUCCCAAUUUCCCGAUGAACAGAAAGCGGUUCUAUCCCGUGUUUGGCAAACGUAGCAUUGACGAGCGCACUCACCCGGAAGAUAAAUUCUUUCUGGAUCACCAUCGUUCGACACGGCACAAGCUGUAUCGAAAAAUCGAAACAUUUCUAGAUGCGAAAGGUAACCAUGGCCAUCACUGUGUGCUAAGGGCCCUGUGUGAAAGUGGACAAAAGCGGGACGCUACCGAGCCGGAAUCAUUUCUUCGGGAAAUAUUGAAGGCUGUUUUCAGCUUGCCAACCACACACGAAGAUCCGGUCGAUUACACGCACCGAACGUACGACGAGGCUCAUGCACAUACCGGAAAUUGCGCGGAACGGUAUCCUUUCUGCAAAGACAGCAUAUGGUCAGAGGAUUUCAUAUUCUGAGACCAAGUGGUAAAAAAAUGAUGCGCUUAGUAAUCUAAUUUAACCAAACCAAAAACUUUGUUAGUAGCGAUUUUUAAUAGGACUUGCACUGUUGCACUUGAGUGAAGAUGUGAGCAUCUAUCAUUCCGUUUGAAGGAACAAGUUCCUUACGAUAGCUUCGUCUAUAAUUCGUAUUUUACUAUGAAGACCUUGAAGCUUAUCAAGAAAUAUUUAUUUUAAGUUUGAAAAGUUUAGAGAUAAGGUUAGUUUAAGUGAGAAAUA